AUGGCGGAACCGAAAGAGAGCACCGGCAGCACCACAAUCAACUGCAUAACAGAGACGAAGAGCGAAAACCAGCAGCACUCUCAUGGCAAGGUCGACAAGGUGUUCUCAGUGGCAUUGACCAAUGCUGUCGCGAAAGAUAAUCCGUCGAUGACCUCCAAAUCGAUGAUCAGGCUGUUUUUGAUUAUGGUUCUGGUGACAAUGGCAAACUGCAUGAACGGCUAUGAUGGCUCAGUGAUGAGCUCCCUCAACGCGAUGGACCCGUUUCACGAAUACUUUGGCAUUUCCAUGGAGGGCUCGAGUAUCGGCCUAGUCACGGCUUUGUACAGCGUUGGCAACAUCAUUGGGUGCUUUUUGGCCAGUCCAACAUCUGACCUGAUGGGACGCCGGUUUGGCAUGUCCGUCGGAUGCGCCUUCAUCGUAGUUGGCACCAUCGUGCAGGCGACGACAGCGACAAUAGGCGGCUUCAUGGGCGGACGGCUCCUGGUUGGUAUGGGCGUCACCGUCGUCACCACAUCAGCCCCGGUUUAUCUGAUCGAGAUGGCUUACCCAACCUGGAGAGGCAUCGGGAGCGGUCUGUUUAAUGUCUGUGGCUGGUAUAUUGGUGCCCUGACAGCGUCAUGGACCACAUAUGGCACUGGCCACCUGACAACCAAUUGGUCUUGGCGCAUUCCAGUCAUCAUUCAAGGUAUUCCGGCUGUACUGGCCAUGUUCCUGGUCUGGCUCAUCCCCGAGAGUCCUAGAUGGUUGAUGAUGGUCGGUCGUAGCGAUGAGGCCCAUCAUGUGCUGGUCAAAUACCAUGGCAAUGGAUGUGAGGACUCGGCCGUCGUGCAACUCGAGUGUGCUGAGAUCAACGCCUCUGUGGCACACGCCCGGAGCCUGGCCAGUGGCCAAGCCUGGUACGACUAUCGUAUCCUCGUAAACUCUCGCGAGGUGUUGUAUCGGAUGUUCCUGGUGCUCCUGGUCUCGGUCUUCUCACAGUUUAUCGGUGGCUCCAUCAGCUACUACAUGCCGGUUGUCUACGAGAACUUGGGCAUUACUAGCUCCGAGAAGCAGCUGCUGCUCAACGCGCUGAGUACUGUUGUUUCAUUUCUCUUUGGUCUUAUUGGCUCCUCCACUGUUGAGGGCUUCGGCCGUCGCAAUCUCUUCUUGUGGGGAACCUUCCUGACAGGUUUGGUCUAUCUUGUGAUGAACGUCCUGGCCUCUCAGGCCAAUGGACACAUUAGCGACAGCAUGGGGUACGCCUUCAUUGUCAUGAGCUUCCUCUACGGCGCCGUCUGGUCGUUCUGCUGGACCCCUCUGCAGGCCCUCUAUCCAACCGAAGUCCUCCGUAAUGACAUCCGUGUCAAGGGGAUGGCUGCCCAGGGCGUGCUCUCUGGCUUGGCCGGCUUCAUCAACAUGUACGCCACCCCGGUCGCUCUCAACAACAUUGGCUGGAAGACCUAUACCAUCUUCUUGGUUCUCCAUUUCUUGGAGUGGGCCAUCAUGUACUUUACAAUCGUCGAGACCAAGGGUCGCUCGCUUGAGGAGCUAGAUGAGAUCUUCACUGACCCACAUCCAGUCAAGAAGUCUCUAGAGAGGAAGGAAGUCCUCGUGGAGAGGGGAGUCGGUGUCUUGGCUAAGUCUGAGGAUUGUUGA